AUGGGUCGCGUCCGCACCAAGACUGUCAAGAAGUCCGCCAAGGUCAUCAUUGAGCGGUACUACCCCAAGCUUACCCUCGACUUCGAGACCAACAAGCGCAUCUGCGAUGAGAUCGCCAUCAUCGCCUCCAAGCGCCUGCGCAACAAGAUUGCUGGUUACACCACCCAUCUCAUGAAGCGUAUUCAGCGUGGUCCCGUCCGCGGUAUCUCCUUCAAGCUUCAGGAGGAGGAGCGUGAGCGCAAGGAUCAGUACGUUCCCGAGGUUUCCGCUCUCGACUUCACCCAGAACUCCGAGAGCGGCCAGCUCGACGUCGACGGCGAGACCAAGGACCUCCUCAAGCACCUUGGCUUCGACUCUAUCCCCGUCAACGUUGUUCAGGUCUCCCAGACCCAGGUCCCCGAGCGUGGCCAGCGACGCUUCGGCGACCGUCCCCCUCGCCGGGAUUAA